CUGACGUCGUGGCUGCGGAUUGGUUGGUGGUGGUGCUGGCCUCCAGUAGAUGAGUGGGACCGAGACCAAGGCGGUAGCCAUGAUUGGCCCUAGGGCUCCUGGGCUCCCAAGCUUCGGGCUCCUUUUCUCCUUGACUCCACACCACCUCUUACUGUUUUUAGUUGGGACUUUGGCCAACAAACUCAAUGUGCCACAAGUGUUGCUGCCGUUCAGCCGGGAGCCCGGCCGGGUGCCCUUCUUGCUGGAGGCGCAGCGGGGCUGCUACAACUGAAAGUAGGCAACUUUUCCAUCUUAGACAGCAGCUCAAGUUCUAGGCCUACAGGAAAUUAUUUCUCAAGACAUAAGAGGAGGCCCCAUCUUGUCGGAAACACAGCCUCAAUGUUACUCUCCCACAGCGCAUUCUACUCAUCACGAUGCGGUUACCAUUGAGCCCUUGUACGAAAAGGGCGCCUCUUGUUCCCAAAGAGCUGUUCUUGUCGCUGAAUCCACCCAGCCAAUCCGCCUCAGCAGCACCAUUCUCGCGCGAGAAGAAGUGACUGACCACGAACUACGCUGUGAUGUUAAGGUUGAUGUGAUAGACAGCAUUGAAAUUGUUUCUCGAACCCGGGAGCUGUAUGUGGACGAUGCACCCCUGGAACUGAUGGUGAGGGCCCUGGAUGCUAAAGGAAACACAUUUAGUACUUUGGCGGGCAUGGUGUUUGAGUGGAGCAUUGCCCAGGAUAACGAGUCAGCAAGAGAAGAGCCGUCUAACAAAAUUAGGAUCCUGAAAUUCUCGGAAGCAGAGUAUUCUCCCCCUGACUAUAUAGCUGAGAUGGAAAAAGAAGAGAGACAAGGAGACAUGAUUUUGGUGUCUGGGAUGAGAACUGGAGCUGCUGUUAUAAGAGUCCGAAUUUAUGAGCCGUUCUACAAGAAAGUGUCAGCAGCCUUGAUCCGUCUGCUUGUUCUGGAGAACAUAUUUCUCAUACCGUCCCAUGAUACGUAUCUCUUAGUAGGAGCCUAUAUUAAAUACCAGGUCGCAAAAAUGGUUCAGGGAAGAAUGACAGAGGUGAAAUUUCCCCUGGAACAUUACACGUUGGAAUUGCAAGACCACGGAGCUACAAAUAACGGGCUUCCUUCUGGGAAAGUGGCUCUACUGGAUGAGGAAACAGCCACAGUGACUGCUCUCCAGCUGGGCCAAACUAACCUCAUCUUCGUCCACAAAAAUGUCCAUAUGCGCUCUGUGUCUGGACUCCCAAACUCCACCAUAUAUGUCGUAGAGCCCGGAUUUUUAGGUUUCACCAUCCAUCCUGGCGGCCGAUGGAGUCUCGAGGUGGGCCAGGUGUACGUCAUCACAGUCGACGUAUUUGAUAAGAGCAGCACCAGGGUCCAUAUUUCGGAUAAUCUCGAGAUUACAUUCCAGUUCCUGCAGGAGUACUUUGAAGAGCAGCUAAGCACUUCAAACGGAUCUUACCACGUGGUAAAAGCCCUGAAAGAUGGAGUUGUGGUGAUAAAUGCAACCCUGACUUCCAACCUUCAGGAGAACAGCAGUGCUGAGUCUAAUAAGUAUGAAAUCAGUCACCAUCAAGAAGUGAAGAUCUAUUUUCCCAUUCAGCUUAAGCCCGGCUUUCUGGCAUUUCCCCAUCAUCCUCUGGGAAUAUUAAAUCGUUACAAAAUUCAGGUAGAGGGAGGCAGUGGCAACUUCACCUGGACCUCAUCUAAUGACACAGUGGCCAUGGUCACCACCAAAGGAGUGGUAACUGCAGGUCAGGUGAGAGGGAACAGCACCAUCUUGGCACGAGAUGUACAAAAUCCUUUUCGAUACGGGGAAAUUGAGAUAUAUGUCAUGAAGCUGAACAAAAUGGAACUGUUACCAUUUCAAGCUGAUGUGGAAAUUGGCCAGAUUAUUGAGGUCCCUAUUGCAAUGUAUCAUGUAAAUACAGAGACCAAAGAGGCCAUUGCAUUCACCGACUGCUCUCACCUACCCCUGGAUCUCAACUCGGAUAAGCAAGGAGUCUUCACUCUUUUUAAUGAAGGUAUUAAAAAGCCUGGACCAGAGCACUGUUCUAGCGUACACAUAGCAGCCACAUCUCCAGGCCAUACUGUGGUGACAGUCAGUGUGACUGGACAUGAAGAGCACAUUGGGAGCAGUGCCACAUUUGCUGCUUAUGAACCUCUAAAGGCUCUGAACCCCGUAGAAGUGGCCUUGGUGACAUGGCAGUCUGUGAAGGAAAUGGUGUUUGAAGGGGGCCCUCAUCCAUGGAUUUUGGAGCCUUCCCGGUUUUUUCUGGAGCUGAGCAUGGAGAAGCCAGAGGCCACUAGCGUAACAGAGGUCCGGCUGCCGACCAAGAGGAAACAGAACCAGUAUGUCUACCGAGUCCUGUGCCUGGAUUUAGGAGAACAAGUUCUCACUUUACGGAUUGGGAAUCACCCCGGUGUCCUGAACCCUAGUCCCUCUGUGGAAACGGUGCAGGUGCGCUUCAUCUGUGCCCACCCUGCCAGUAUGUUGGUGACACCAGUGUACAAGGUGGCAGCUGGCACCCAGCCAUGUCCUCUGCCACAGUACAACAAGCAACUGAUUCCUGUGUCCAGCUUGAGGGACUCGGUCCUGGAACUGGCAGUAUUUGAUGAACACGGGAGGAAGUUUGAUAAUUUCAGCUCGUUGAUUCUGGAAUGGAAAUCUUCCAAUGAGACACUGGCCCGUCUUGAUAGUGCUAAGCCGAUGGAGAUGGUAGACAAGGACGAUGGCAGUGGGCAGACUCGGUUGCACGGCCAUCAGACCCUUAAAGUGCAUCAGAUGAAGGGGACGGUGCUAAUCGCGGUCAGCUUCGUGGGCUAUUCAGGGAAGAAAAGCACGGAGGAAAUUUCCAACUCGCCAAGAUCUGCAGUCGUGGAGUUGCUCCUAGUAGAGGACGUCACAGUACAGCCUGAUAAUGCCACCAUCUAUAGCCAUCCUGACGUGAAGGAAAUAUUUCACCUUGUGGAAGGGUCUGGCUACUUUCUAGUCAACAGCAGUGAGCAAGAUAUGGUCACCAUCACAUACAUGGAAGCAGAAAGCUCCGUCCAGGUAGUUCCAGUACAUCCUGGAUUCCUAACCUUGGAAGUGUAUGACCUGUGCUUGGCUUCCCUGGAUCCAGCCAUGGCCAGGCUCAGGGUAUCAGACAUACAGGAAGUGGAGCUGGAUUUGAUUGACAAGGUUGAGAUUGGCAAAACUGUGUUAGUGGCUGUGAGGAUUCUUGGCUCUUCCAAGUACCCUUUCCGCAACAAGUACUUCAGAAACAUGGACGUCAAACUACAGCUGGCGUCUGCCAUUGUCACCCUGAGGUUAAUGGAGGAUCAGGAUGAGUACUCUGAAAACUACAUGCUCCGUGCUGUCACUAUUGGACAAACCACGCUGGUAGCCGUUGCCACAGACAGGAUGGGGAGAAAAUUCACAUCGGCACCUCGGCACAUCGAGGUAUUUCCUCCAUUCAGACUGGUUCCUGAGAAAAUGACACUGAUUGCAACCAACAUGAUACAGAUCAUGUCUGAAGGUGGCCCCCAGCCCCAGUCUAUCAUCCACUUCUCCAUCAGCAACCAGACUGUGGCCACUGUCAACAGGAGGGGCCAGGUUACAGGGAGCACGGUUGGCACGGCUGUCGUCCACGGCACCAUCCAGACGGUGAACGAAGACACCGGCAAAGUCAUUGUGUUUUCCCAGGUAUUCCGUGCUCGGCUCGGCUCUCCAGCCUUGGGGUCACGGGGACAGGAUGAAGUCCAGAUUGAGGUUGUGCAGCUGCGGGCUGUUAGGAUCCUGGCCGCUGCGACCCGACUCAUCACAGCCACGGAGAUGCCAGUCUAUGUCAUGGGGGUGACCAGUACCCAGACUCCUUUCUCCUUCAGCAAUGCCAGCCCCAUGCUCACUUUCCACUGGUCCAUGAGCAAAAGGGAUGUGCUGGAUCUGGUACCCAGGCAUUCAGAGGUGUUUCUGCAACUUCCAGCAGAGAACAACUUCGCCAUGGUUGUCCACACAAAAGCGGCCGGCAGGACCACGAUCAAGGUCACUGUCCGAAGUGAGAGCAGCACCUUUGGGCAGUUUGAGGGGAGUGUGCUGGAACUGUCUGACGAGAUUCAGAUCCUGGUGUUUGAAAAACUCCAACUUUUCUAUGCAGAUUGCCAACCCGAGCAGAUUCUGAUGCCUAUGAAUUCUCAGCUCAAGCUCCACACCAACAGGGAAGGCGCAGCCUUUGUGAGUUCGCGUGUUCUCAAGUGUUUCCCUAAUUCCUCGGUCAUUGAAGAAGAUGGCCAAGGACUCCUGAGAUCUGGAUCCAUUGCGGGCACUGCAGUGUUGGAAGUCACCUCUAUAGAACCCUUUGGAGUCAAUCAAACCACCAUAACUGGAGUCCAGGUAGCGCCAGUGACAUACCUUCGAAUGAGCAGCUACCCCAAGCUAUACACAGCCCAAGGAAGGACCCUGUCAGCCUUUCCCUUGGGCAUGUCUCUCACCUUUAUUGUUGAGUUUUAUAAUAACAUUGGAGAGAAAUUCCACACCCACAAUACUCGGCUCUAUAUGGCUCUGAACAGAGAUGACUUGCUGCUCAUCGGACCGGGAAACAGAAACUAUACCUAUAUGGCCCAGGCCGUGAACAGAGGGGUGACGGUCGUGGGGCUUUGGGACCAAAGGCACCCUGGCAUGGCAGAUUAUAUUCCUGUUGCUGUGGAACACGCCAUUGAGCCGGACACCAAGCUUACCUUUGUGGGAGAUGUCAUCUGCUUCAGCACGCACCUCGUCAAUCAGCACGGUGAGCCCGGGCUGUGGAUGAUCUCCACCAACAGUAUCAUACAGACAGACACUGUCACUGGGGUAGGAGUGGCGAGGAGCCCAGGAACCGCAACAAUCUUUUAUGACAUCCCUGGAGUCGUAAAGACAUUUCGAGAGGUGGUAGUCAAUGCAUCAUCAAGAUUAACACUCAGCUAUGACCUGAAGACUUACCUCACCAAUAUCCCCAACGCAACUGUGUUCACACUCUUCAUCAGCACCGGUAGACACGAUGUUAACCUCAAAGGAUCCUGUACCCCAAGUCAGGCGUCCGCUGUUACAGAAGUUCUUCUCCCCGAGACGCUCAUGCUGUGCCACGUGCAGUUUAGCAAUACUUUACUAGACAUUCCAGCAAGCAAAGUCUUCCACAUCCACUCGGAGUUCAGCAUGGAGAGAGGGGUCUAUGUCUGCCUAAUCAAGGCUCGGCAGGAGUCAGAGGAGUUACGCCAAGUCCUCAGUGUGGCCGACACCUCCGUCUACGGGUGGGCAACUCUGGUCAGUGAACGAAGCAAGAACGGAAUGCAAAGAAUCCUCAUUCCUUUCAUCCCUGGCUUUUACAUGAACCAGUCAGAGUUGGUUCUUAGCCACAAGGACACCGGAGAGCUAAGAGUCCUGGGAGUAGAAAGAGUUCUUGAGAGCCUAGAGGUCUUUUCCAGCGCCCCAUUUCUAGUGGUCUCUGGCCACAGGCACUCCACCUUCAUGACAGGCCUGGUUACCUACCUAGUAAGGGUAGUCAACUUCACUGCCUUCCAGAUGUCAUCACCUGUUUUCAUUAAUGUUUCCUGUACACUCACCAGUCAACAUGAGGCUGUGGUAGUCAGAGCCAAGGAUGUAUCUGGUUCAGAUCACUGUGAAGAUCCAGGUGUCUUCAGGAAUCUUGUUGGUUCUUACCAGAUCCUCCUGUUUACCCUCUUCGCUGUGCUGGCAUCAACUGCUUUCAUCUUCCUAGCAUACAAUGCCUUCCUCAACAAGAUACAGACUAUUCCAGUUGUUUAUGUACCAACUAUAGGAACACCUCAGCCAGCCUCUUACACGGCCACGUGUCCCCCUCACUUCCUGAGCCCACAGCCACCCCUAGUGCAGAGUCGGCUGCAACACUGGCUGUGGAGUAUAAAGCACUAAUAUGGUACCCCUUCACUGUAGAGGAGUGGAGGAGAUACCUCGUCCUGCAGAAGCCUCCAUAACUUAAAAGUUUAUCUAUGGAAUGUAAAUAAAGGAUCUUCAGUGGUUUAUUCAGUC